GAAAAAAAAAAAGCUAGUUAGAAAAUUAAAAAAAAAAAAUCCAAAUCACAGUGCCGUCACAAAAAAUAAAAGUCCACUUAAAAAAGGGGAAAAAAUAAAAUAAAUUUUUUUUAAAAAUAAUUAUAAUUUAUUUUUAAAAUAACAUUUUGUUAAACAUUUUUCUUUUUUAAUUUUAUUUUUCUUUAUUUUUUUGUAAAGUUUUUAACAGCUCCAAAUUUUUAAUUUAAUUUUUUUGUACAAUUUAAAUAAUUUCCUUUGAUUCCAUUCCAUUUGUUUGUGCUUAAUCCUUUGCGCCUUUUAAGCGACAUCCUUUUGUUUUCUCCCCUCGCCAGUUGGGAGGAAGCAGUAACGCGCAACAAGAGUAUGUAUGUAUGUAAUAGUAACCAUUACGUACGUACGAUUCUGACACGUUCUUGCGCGUGUUUAUGUGACCGAGGCAGCUCCUCGACCCCCGCCUCUACGUUUCACCAGUAUGCCAACUGUGGAGCGAAGAGUUUUUUUUAACCGACCAUUUGUGCGCGCCAUAUAAUUUGUUCAAUCGUUCGACACAAGUGGGCGGAAAAGUAUGCCCAGAUACAUUAUUUGUGAAUUGAAGUUUUUUUUUUUUUUUUUUUCUUUUUUAAAAUAAUGUGGCGAAUUAACUAAGCAAGUGUUUACAUAUAAGCAUAUCUGCAGCUUCGCGUGUAUGUGCUUAACGUAGCAGUUGCAUUUGCAUUUGCAUUUGCUUUUUUUUUUUUUUUUCGCAGUGCUGAUUGUUCCUCAUUUGUGGGGCGAACCAGCUUGCGAAAAAGUGCCACACCGUGCAGGUAUCACCCUUACGGCAUUUCAUUUGUAUGUUUAAUUUUUGCACAGUUGCUUUGAGUGUUUUCCGGAAGGGGGAGAGGAGCCUUCCAAGGUUAUAAUACAGCGCAAAUUUCGUGAACUUUUUUUAUUUACUCUUACAUUUUAGCGUUUCACAUUUUUGCAUUUUAACGUUUUUACGUUUUACGUUUGUAAGAUGCCCCCCUCCGUAUGUAAGGCGUAGCACAGAACUUGCGUCGACCACCCCUCCGCAUUUUCCCGUUCGUAAUUACGUGUGUUGUAAUUUUCCCCAUAGAGGGCCCCUUUUUAGAGGUCUCCAAAUUUUGUGAUUCGCCAGUGUGUAGAGUAAAGCGGCACAACACAGGCCUGUACAUUUAUGCGUACACACACAUAUAUAUAGAUAGAUACAUCCAUAUUGGCGUCGCUGCGCCCGUACGAGUGACUCCCCCCUUUUUCACCCGCGCCUGCACCAAUGGCGAAGGUAAAAGUAAAGAAAAAAUUCAAGCACAGCGGGACGCUUGAAGAAGACUUAAAAAACAGCGUUGUUACGAAGAAUAAAAUUUUUAAAAAAAAAAAAAAGGGAAAUAAAGCAAGUGAAAAAAAAACAAAAAAAAAAAGAAAAGACGAUGUUCAAAAAAUUUUGAAUCUGGCGAAUAGGCAAAAUGAGGAGGAUCUGGACUACUCAGACUAUGGCAAUAGUAUCAGUGGUGACGAUCCCGAUGGUGGCAGAAUACAACAGGUGGAUAAGUUCCUCCAGUUUGAUGAUGACAUAGGAGGAGGGGAGGAGGCAGUCGACGAAGAUGUCUCAGAUUGGGAAAAUUUGAUGGCCGACAAAAGGGUCUUUUCCGCCGAGCAGAUUAGCCAUCACGGUAAAAACCAGAUGGAUGAAGCGAAUAACAUUUUGGAUGACCUGAAUGUGAAAAUAAAUCCCCACGGGUUUGAAAGGGGAGCCAAAUUGGACCAGGAGACGGAGGUCAAAGCGGAGCCAUCCGAAGAGGAAAAGCUCGACGCGCUGGUCCAGAAGUGCUACGAAACGAUUGGCGAAGAACUGGCGCACUACAAGAAGGGCAAGUUGCACAGGGCGCUAACCGUUCUGGUCAAAUCGCCCAGAUGGUUCGACCUGCUCCUGCUGACCAAGCCUAGGAGGUGGACCACCCAAGCGACCUUUGAAGUUACAAAACUUUUUUCCUCCGGAUUGAAGGAGAAGGAAGUGUGCAUGUACUACGAGUUUAUUUUGCUGCCCAUUAUUCUGGACAACAUAGAAAAGAAGAAAAAGCUGGAGACUUUUCUGUACAAUACGUUGAUUAAGGCUCUGUACAAAUCGAAGGCCUGGAUGAGGGGGAUGCUGUACCCCCUGCUGCGUCGGGAGUGCACCAAGAAGGAACUAGCCAUUUUUGGAAGUGUCAUCCAAAAAAUGAGCAUCGCGAUCAAUUCAGUAACGCAAUGCUUGCAAGAAAUUUUUACCUUCCCGUGGAACUCUAACAUUUCCCAUUUUUUAUGCCUUUUUUUUAACAAAAAAUAUGGAUUCUCCAAAGAGUUUAUCGAAAAGUGCGUGGACUACUUCGUCUCCUUUUUGAACUACCCCGGCGUGUUGACGGUGAACUGGCACACCUCGCUGCUGCUGCUGGUGCAGAAUUAUAGAGCAGCCUUGAUGGGAGAUGAUGAAAUUGAGAAGCUGCGCGUCCUGGUGAUGAAGAAAAACCACCCCAAAUAUUCGAACGAAAUUUUGAAGAGCAUGUACUCUCCCACCUCGCUGAUGAGCAAAAUAAAAGAUUUGGCCACUCACCCGAGUGAGGACAUGGUGUAG